GCAAAAGAUAACCAGAACACCAUGGUAAGUUCCAUUGAUUUAAUAGUUACCCCUUUCCCAAUUAUACCACGUUUAGAACCAACAAUCUCCUAGAAAAUAAAAGCCCUUUCACGGCCCGUGGCCUCGCAGCAGGCUCCGGGAACCUCUGUCGUUCGACAACCCCGAAAUCUCGAUCCUUCACAGCAUCCUUUUGAACGGGCUCGGGAAUAUACCAGAGCUCUCACUGCUACCAAAUUGGAACGCAUGUUUGCGGCCCCUUUCCUGGGCCAAAUGGGCGAUGGUCAUGUUGAUGGAGUGUACUCCAUGGCCAAAGAUCCAAACUCCCUCGAACAUUUUGCCAGUGGAAGCGGUGAUGGCGUAGUGAAAGUAUGGGAUUUGACUAGUCGCCAUGAAGUGUGGAAUACUCAGGCACAUGAAAACAUUGUCAAAGGAAUCUGCUGGACCCCAGAUCAAAAGUUACUGUCCUGUGCCAGUGACAAAACUGUCAAACUGUUUGAUCCGUACAAUUCAUCCUCUGAAACACCUCCCUUGGCGACAUACCUGGGACAAGGUGCCUUCACUAGUAUUUCCCACCACAGGAGUAUCCCAUCAUUCGCUGUGUCGUCUUCUGCUAUCUCAAUUUAUGACCUUUCACGGCCUUCGUCGACUCCUUCCCAGACCUUGCACUGGCCAACUAGCGUCGACACCAUCACGUCAGUCGCGUUCAACCAAACGGAAACGUCAAUUCUCGGAUCCACGGCUAUGGAUCGCUCAGUCGUCUUAUACGACCUUCGUACGUCGUCGCCGGUCACCAAGGCUGUUCUGCAGUUUGCAUCAAAUGCUAUUUCGUGGAAUCCAAUGGAAGCAUUCAACUUUGCAGUCGCGAAUGAAGAUCACAAUGCCUACAUCUUCGACAUGAGGAAGCUGGAUCGUGCCCUGAAUGUGCUUAAGGAUCACGUCUCCGCCGUUAUGGACGUAGAGUUCAGCCCUACGGGUGAGGAACUGGUAACAGCCUCGUACGAUCGUACAGUACGGCUGUGGGACAGAUCGAGGGGCCAUUCACGAGACAUCUAUCACACGAAGAGAAUGCAACGUGUCUUCUCGGCCAAGUUUACGCCUGACAAUAAGUAUGUGCUUUCCGGGUCAGACGAUGGAAAUAUCCGCCUCUGGCGUGCAAAUGCGUCGGACCGCAGCGGAAUUACGAAUGCUCGUCAAAGGGCGAAGUUGGAAUAUGACCAGGCUCUUAUUCAGAGGUACUCGCACAUGCCGGAGAUCCGAAGAAUCAGACGUCAUCGCCAUGUACCGAAGGCAGUAAAGAAGGCCGGCGAAAUUAAGAAGGAGGAGCUAGCAGCCAUUAAGAGACGCGAAGAAAACAUCCGGAAGCACACGAAGAAGGGCGCUCUACCAUCAAGACGAGCUGAGCGCGAGAAGAUUAUCUUGGCUACCGAACAGUAGAGGGUCGAAGACCAGUUCUGAUCCUUUCUGCCGAUGCUGUUGCAUAUGACUUUGGAUAAGGCAUACCAAUAUACCGCCCCUGAAACUAAAGUUUCCUGGCAAAGCACGACUCAUCAUAGGCCCUAUAGCCAUAGUCAAACGCCGCUUUUCAAUCAACACCCAGUCUGUGCACGCUACUUGACAUUUCUAUUCGCUGAUUGACCCUUGGGGGGUCGCCUUCGCUACGGCAAAAUCAAUACCACUUAGGUAUCGAGCGAUUCGUUGGAGAGCGGCAGGCAAAACAGCAUACCAACUUACGACGGCAGCAAAGGUGGGCAAUCUGAUGACACCGCCUCUUCCACUAUCGAUUGCAGAUACGAUCUCCUGGGCGACCUGGACUGGCUCAAGGACGGGGGCGAAGAAAUUGCUGGGCGUUUUGAUUUUCUCGAAGAGCGGCGUUGACAUCUGUCCCGUUUCAACCAAGAUCGUUUUCACCUUGUUGCUGUGACCUGACGCGCGGAGCUCAGCCUCCAGCGUUCUGUGAAGGGCACUCAAUCCAGCUUUACUCGCGGAGUAGUCUGAGAGACAGGCCGGAGUAAGAUGGCCGAGGACAGAACUCACGGUAACAACUGUACCCCCGUUGUCAGCGGAUAACAUGCCCGGUAAGAUAACCUGGCAGGUAUUGAAGACACCAAGUAAAUUGAUCUGGAUGGUUCUCUGGAAGGACUCAGCCGGUAAAGACAGGAUGGGCUGGCCAUUGAUGCUGGCAGCGGCGCAAUUGAUGAGCACAGUGGGAGUACCUAACUGAGAAAAACGUUAGAAUAAAUAAUCGUAUCCUGUAAAUAGAAAUAACAAUGAGGAUAAACCAACAUCCUUGUCAACCCGUCUCAAUACAUCCUCCACCUCUUCCUUGUUCCCAACAUCACACCGGUAACACUCAACACUCUCCAACCCUGACAACCCAUCCGAAGCAAGAAUAUCUUCAUCCCCAUCUUUUGUUUCAGGACCUUUAACAUCCAAAACGGCCACGCUGACCCCCCUAAUCCCAUAAAUCUGCGCGAUUAACAACCCCAACCCCGACGCACCACCCGUAAUCACAACAACCUCCUCCCCCAAAUCAACCUCCCGCGGUUUCCCGUACGCGACGCCCUGAUUGAUCACCCGUCCCACGAAGAGAAGUGUCAGGAUAGUCGCGUACAUCGCGGAGGUAAUGAAGUAGGUGGAUGUGUACGGUGUCAUCUGGGCGCGGAGAGUAAGGACGAACAUCCACCCGAACCAGGGGUGGAGGAUUGUGUAGUUCAUUGUUUUGAGGAGGAGGUCGAGGGUUAAAUGGGUGUGCCAUUUUGAGUGUGAGGAUGGUGGUUGUGGUUGUCGGGAGUUUUUUGGCGUUGUUGGCAUUGUUAGGUGAGUUGCGGUUUUAACUUAACGCCUUGGUCUGGUGUUCAAUUGAGGAGAAGAAUUGGUGAUCUGCUUCGAUUUAAAUGCUUUUCUGACAGUUCGCUUUGCGUUCUUGUUUAAUAUUCAGAUAGUGAACUGGAGGAGCUGGAAGAGGGAG